CUAAUUGCCGCCGACAUCGUAGCACCUCACUAGCAAACGAGCGUUCAAGACGAACGGACAUAAGCGCACCCGAAGGCUCCUGCGAUCGAUCUACGGAGAUCGAGCUUGUCCCGGGUGUUAGUUACUACCUGUGCGAAUUGCAAUAGAGAGUCCCGGAGUUAGAGUCGGUAGAUGAAGAAAAGGGAAUUAAGGCAUUAUUGUUGAAUAGGAAGUGAGCAAAUUUGAGCUACUAAGAGUUAUACUAUAAGUUGUCGCUAUCAGUGUGUAGGAAGUGAUCGACCAUAAUCACAACUCGGAUAAAAUACGAAGAUCCUCAAACCGUGAAGCCUCAAAUUGGAUGCGUAUCAGUGCUCGUUCAGGUGUCCAAAUGUGUGUGUAUUAGUGGCACUGUCCUUCAUUCUAGGUCCUUGAGAAGUGUAUGUUUAAAGCCACGCUUCAGUGCGUUACAGUGUGCCGAAUUCGUAGUUGCAAUCAGAUAAAAAAAAAACCGCAACAAAUGCCCACCGCAUGAUCGUGGCUUGUUGAAGCAGAGGUGUAAAUUAGACGCGGCCGCUAGUGGAUCUGUUGGUGCAUUAAUUUAAACAAUUGAAAGAAGAAAAAAAAAACGAAUGCCCUUCUCUACAGUGAUUGUGGUGUUUUGAGGUGGAAAUUUCAUACUAUAAUUGUGUCUAUUGUGACUGAGGACACGUACCGAUUGGUUUUCGACUUGUACGUGAGAAUAGUGUACCGAAUUGAUUUGACGAUCAGAACAGCGCGCAAUAAUAACGACCACAAUGUCCGGUACGGACAAUCCUGGCUUCGUAACAACGGAUGACGCCGGUUUGCCAGCGGAACAGCUACAGAAUGGAUCGAAACCACCGCCAGCGAUGGAGAAGCUCGACAAACCACCAGCCGUGGAGCGUGAAAAAUGGGACAAGGGUGUCGAGUUCCUAAUGUCCUGCAUCGCACUAUCGGUUGGCUUGGGCAACGUAUGGAAGUUUCCAUCGACCGCGUUCCGUAAUGGUGGCGGUGCGUUCGUUAUCCCUUACCUGAUUGUGCUGCUCGUUGUGGGACGACCGAUCUACUACCUGGAGAUGGUGAUGGGUCAAUUCUCGAGCCGUGGCAGCGUGAAGGUGUACGAUGUGUCGCCCAUCAUGAGAGGCAUCGGUAUCGCACAGAUGGUUUCGAUUUGUGUGGUGAUCGUAUACUACGCGGCAACGAUCGCGACAGCAAUUCGAUUUUUCGUCGCCUCCUUCGAAAGCCCUCUGCCGUGGGCUAGCUGUGACGUAAGCUGGACCGGCAUCAACUGUGUGAACUCCUCCAAUACCGGUCCGACGCCGGCAUUCAACAACUCGCUGCCGGUCAAAACUUCUGCCGAGCUGUACUACACACACUCAGUCACCGGUGAAGGACUGCUGGUCGAGGGUGAGUUCGGUGUGCCCGACUGGAAGCUAACGCUCUGUCUACUGUUCAUCUGGGUCGCGAUGACCAUCAUGAUGGUGAAGGGCAUCCGUGGUUCGGGCAAGGUUGCCUACUUUCUUGCCCUCUUCCCGUACGUCGUGCUGAUCUCGUUUGCGGUGUAUGCCUUCACGCUCGACGGUGCCGGCGAAGGUCUGAAGUACUUCAUCACGCCCGACUGGGAUGAGCUGCUAAAUGCGGACGUGUGGAAGGAGGCCGUCUCGCAGUGUUUCUUCUCACUGUCGAUCUGUUUCGGCGGUGUGAUUGCAUUCUCCUCGUACAACAACUUCAGCAAUAAUAUCUACCGGGAUGCGAUGAUCAUUUCCUGGCUGGAUACGUUCACUUCUCUCCUGUCGGGUGCGCUGGUAUUUUCCAUCAUCGGCCAUUUGGGCCAUCUGACCAAUGAAACGGACUACACAAAGGUGGUGAAACCGGGCAGUGGACUUACAUUCAUCACCUACCCGGACGCACUGGCAAAGUUCGAGCACGUGCCAAAUCUGUUCGCACUGCUGUUCUUCUUCAUGCUGCUAACACUCGGCGUCGGUAGCUGUACCGGACUUAUCAACAGUGUUAUGACGGCACUGCAGGACAGCACACCACGUCUAAAGUCCUGGAAGACGGUCGUCACGAUCGGUGUGCUCGGGUUUGCGCUCGGGCUACUCUUCGUCACACCGUCCGGUUCCAAGAUGUUGGACUACUUCGACUACUACGGUGUGCAGUUUGUGACGCUCACCUCUGCCAUCUUUGAGCUGUUUGCGUUCUGCUGGUUGUAUGGAAUUCGCAAACUUACCCGAGAUAUUCAGUUCAUGCUAAACCGUCGGACCGGGUUCUUGUGGCGAUUCUGCUGGAAGCUCCUCACACCGGUGAUGCUGAUCGUUGUGCUUAUUAUUGGACUGGUAAAGAGUCAACGUCCCGAGGGUAUUGACGAUGUAUAUCAUGUACUCGGAUGGUGUAUCUACGUUGGAGCACUAGUGCCCAUUCCGGUGUGGGCAUGGUUUGCCGUCCGGAAGCGUAAUGAGUCCACCCUCAAGAAGCGCAUUGUAGCCGCUAGUAAACCCCUCUCCGAUUGGGGACCAGAAAGCUUGGAGGUGCGCAAAAAAUAUCUGGAAUUCUGCAACAACUAUCAACCGCUCGAAUCACGCUGGAGCCGAUUGCGACGAGUACUGCACAGAAAUGACAAAACCUAUCGCGUCUCCGUUUAAGCGGAAGAUCGCUCUCUUGACAAACUCGCGGAAGCGUGUACUCCCAUUGCGUCAGUAUUACUAGGAACCCUGUGUUAGCCCCUUCGAUUACAGGUUGGAACGACAGCUGAUCCGAUAUUUUACUUCCCCCCUUAAAAACCCCACCGACGAUCGGCUGCGAAGACAUUCCAACGCCGAGCAUUCAGGUUCCGUUUAUCGUCCGUACUUUUUGCUCCAUAAAACGUCCAUACACAUCCCUAAGGUUGAUGAUGUUAUGGCACGUGCUUUUGUGUUAGCGAGCGAAGACUUCAAUACCCAACCAAUGACGUUCACAUUCACUAUUGUUCUCGCCAUUCUCGCCUGGGUUGGUAAUUAACCGUACAGGAACGUCAAUGAGCGCAAUGCCCUACCCCAACGGGAAGGGUUGUUGUGGAAGCAUCCGAUAGAAUCAAGAUGCUCUUCAACGUAGAAUCGAAAGAGAGAACAGCGAGGGGUACUGGACCGACUGAACCGGUGAUAAACGUUGAAAGGAAAAGUUGACUCCAUUCGCAACCGUCAAUUCAGUGAAAACAGUUUCCGCGGAUGGUAUCGUGAUAGUUUGUUUUUUUUUUAUUAAAUGACUUUUUAUUGUGCCACUGGACAAAGUAGAUACAAAUGUUUGCCGCUCUUUAUAGUGUGUAAGUGUACGACAGAUGGAAAUAAAUUAUAAUUAGUAUCUAAUCAA